AUGUGUAGGAGGAUUUGUUGCACGGAGAAGAGAGGCGAUGAGCUUCAGCGCUUCAGCACGAGCGAGUCAGAGUCGACCGGAUGGUCAAGUUGCUGGAGAGUGUCGUCUUUCCAGCUAAGGGGUUUCAUUGCAAGAGCCGAGAUAACGUGGCUGAACGCCCUACACUCGAGGUCCUGCAUUUUCAUCUCCUCGCGAUCCCUCACACCGAUUCGCUCUUACAGACGUAAUCAAGGAUGUCGGAGCUUGAACUCUACUAAGUAG